AUGAGCUCGUGGAUCCAUCCUGCUCGCCGGUGCUUCUCAACAGGCUCUCUCAAUUUACCGGCUCUCGAUGCCUGGAUAACGUCCCCGAAAUCCCUUGCACUCUCUGACACCUUUCACUCUACCCACCUUUCAGACCUCUACAUCACUCUGCCGACUCGCGACGGCACGCGCGGUCGCUCGUUUGCACCCCCCGUGGAGGACACACCUCUCGGAUACGGACACCACCUCGCCUUCUUCCACCCGCGCAAUCCCGAGGCGUUACUUCGCAAAGAUGGGACUGACGCAGACUUCUGUCCUCCUCAGCCAUUCACGCGCCGGAUGUGGGCGAGCGGUACCAUGACCUGGAACAAGGGUGGAGAGCUGAAGGUAGGAGAGAAAGCGACUGCAGUGUCUACUGUGGCCAAGGUCGAGAAGAAAGGAUUUGAGGCCGGGAAGCCGAUGGUGUUCGUCAAACAGAGAAUUGAGGUAACUGUGGAAGGACGCAACGAGCCUGGGGUGGUGGAGGAACGAGCACAUGUCUACCAACCUCAAGCAUCUAGUAUAACUAGUGCAGGGAGUCGCGUACCCCGCGAAGUGAAAGGUCUCCCCAAGUCUGAGUUUUCAUUCUCGUACACUCCUACCUUGACGACGUUAUUCCGCUUUUCCGCUCUCACAUUCAACGGACAUCAUAUACACCUAGACAAGGACUACGCGCAGAAAGCUGAGGGAUAUCCAGAAAGACUCGUACAUGGACCCCUGACGGCCCUUAUGCUUCUGGAGAGCCUUAUUUACCACCGCCCAAGUGCCCAGCUGCGCAACUUCACCUAUCGCGCGCACAAUCCCAUUUUUGUGAAUUGUGCUGCGACGAUACAUGGUGCUAUUGUGGCGAAGGACAAAGCGGAAUUAUGGUGCGAGAAUGACGAGGGGGUCGUUGGCAUGACUGGCGUAGUUCAGUUCGACGAAUAG